AUGAAAGAAAAUUCAAUUAGUUAUGAUGAAUUUGAUGAUACUACAGAUAUUUUAAUAAAUAGUGAUGAUAAAUCUGAUAUUUUAAAAGAUACUAUGGCAACUGAUAUAUUAGAAGAACAGUUUUCUGAAGAAGCAAUAGCAACAGAUAUACUAAAAGAAAUGUCUUCUGACUUUGAGG